AUGUUUAAAGCACGAACGAACCCCUCGUCCCUGCGACAUCUGACUGCUCGCCUGCUCCUCCAACCUUCAUCAUCUUUGUCUGCUUCGGCUCCAUUCCCCCCUCUGUCAGCAUCGACGGCUGUGACCCUGCCCCAGCGUGCCAUCCUUCCUCGCUUCUGCAGCUACCACUCCAACGCCAACUCCAACUCCAACUCCAAGCAAGACGACCCACCGGCGGCCAGCAACAGCAACAACACCACGCUCUCCUCCAAACCCAACACGUAUUUUUCCUACACCGACGCGCAGCCGCCCAAAAUGGCCGAGCAGGACAUCACCAAGUAUCUCACCCAGACCCAUGACCGCCUCUUCGAGCACAACAAGAUCUGGGCCGCCGAGCAGGCCAAGAAGGACCCCGAGUUCUUCACCAAGCUCUCCGCCGGUCAGACGCCCGAAUACCUCUGGAUCGGCUGUGCCGACUCGCGCAUCCCCGCCGAGCAGAUCACGGGCCUGCAGCCCGGCGAGGCCUUCAUCCACCGCAACAUUGCCAACCUCGUCUGCAACAUUGACCUCAACGUCAUGAGCGUCAUCAACUACGCCGUCCGCCACCUGCACGUCAAGCACAUUAUCGUCUGCGGCCACUACGGCUGCGGCGGCGUCAAGGCCGCCAUGACCCCCAAGGACCUCGGCAUCCUGAACCCCUGGCUGCGAAACAUCCGCGACGUCUACCGCCUGCAUGAGAACGAGCUCGACCAGAUUAAGGACGAGUCCAAGCGCUACGACCGCCUCGUCGAGCUCAACGUUGUCGAGCAGUGCCGCAACGUCAUCAAGAGCGCUGCCGUCCAGCAGUCCUACAAGGAGAACCAAUACCCCAUCGUCCACGGCUGGGUCUUUGGCUUCCAGGAUGGCCUGCUGCACGACCUCAAGAUUGACUUUGAGUCGGUGCUCCACGACAUUCAGAAGAUCUACAACCUCAACGAUUAA